GCCAGCCAGCCAGCCAGCCAGCGACCUCCCAGCGCAGCCAGCAUCACCGCGAUCCACCACUCACGGCCACCUCCAACAACCAGCGACCACCAACCACCACCACCACGGCCAACCAACCAACCACAAUCACCACCACCACUUGACUGCUACAACACACAUCACACACAACCCAACACACACAACCACAUCCCCUCUCUACUCGAUCCACAUCGACCCACAACUCACCCAACGGCGCCAUCACAGCGCACAACAACAAACACAAGCACAACAGCGCUACACACCCUCGUCUCAACCGCCCCACCCUCGGCGCGCGACCAACCACCUCGGCCCCCACGCACGCGUCAACCAACCUCCCGCCGGCGCGCAACACGCCAAACAACGCAAGCUCUCACUCUUUGCCACUAUGAGCAACGUCGUAAACGGCGUCAAGGUGUCCAACGAUGACCCGAACAGGGUCGUCACCGUCACCGCCCACGAGGGCAAGUCGGGCCAAGAAAUGGCCAUCACCUACACAAACUACAAGGUGGUCGGAAACGGCUCGUUUGGUGUAGUCUUUGCCGCCAAGAUGCUCCCUACCAAGCUCGCCGACGGAACCGAAGUUCCCGAACAGGAGAUUGCGAUCAAGAAGGUGCUCCAGGACAAGCGAUUCAAGAACCGUGAGCUCCAGAUUAUGCGUCUGGUCAGCCACCCCAACGUGGUAGACCUCAAGGCCUUCUUCUACUCGAACGGUGACAAGAAGGACGAGGUCUACCUCAACCUCGUCCUCGAGUAUGUCCCCGAGACGGUGUACCGCAGCCUCCGCUACUACACCAAGCUCAAGCAGAUUGUCCCCAUGCUCCAGGUCAAGCUCUACAUGUACCAGCUCCUCCGAUCCCUGGCCUACAUCCACUCGGUCGGCAUCUGUCACCGUGACAUCAAGCCCCAGAACCUCCUCCUUAACCCCAACACUGGCAUCCUCAAGCUCUGCGACUUUGGAUCGGCCAAGAUUCUCGUUGCUGGCGAACCAAACGUCUCGUACAUUUGCUCGCGCUACUACCGCGCACCAGAGCUCAUCUUUGGCGCCACCAACUACAUCACCAACAUUGACAUCUGGUCUACUGGAUGUGUCAUGGCCGAGCUCAUGCUUGGACAGCCCCUCUUCCCAGGAGAGUCGGGCAUCGACCAGCUCGUCGAGAUCAUCAAGGUUCUCGGCACGCCGACGAGGGAGCAGAUCAAGACGAUGAACCCCAACUACAUGGAGCACAAGUUCCCUCAGAUCAAGCCCCACCCCUUCACCAAAGUGUUCCGCCCUCGUACCCCCGCCGACGCUAUUGAUCUCAUCUCCCAUCUCCUAGAGUACACUCCUACUGCCCGUUUGACCGCGCCCGAGGCUCUCGUCCACCAGUUCUUCGACGAGCUCCGAGUGGAAGGCGCCCGUCUCCCCAACGGCAAGGAGCUCCCCGCCUUGUUCGACUUUACCAGGGCAGAGCUCUCGACCCGCCCCGACCUGAUCCGCCGGCUGGUCCCCAAACACGCCGAGGCCGAGCUGCGCUCGCGCGGCAUCGACAUUGACGACUUCCAGCCAAUUCCGUUGGAGGAACUCCGUAUCAGCCUCGACUGAUUCGCCGCCCGCUUUCGAGAUUGAUUUUCCCUACCUCCGUUCAGCAUCGCCCGGCCGCCUGUCAUGUUCUCUCUCUCUCGAUCCCCCUAAGCUCCCUUGUUCUCUGAGCCGCACCAAACGACGCCGUCGCCGCCAAUUCCCCUCUAAUGUCUACUCUCUUCUCUUGUGCGGACCAGUCAUAUCCGCAAGUCCCCGAUUGUUCACUACCCAACCCUCCCCCCAAACAUAAUGACGGGGUGGUGCGCAAAUGUGGCGGCAGGCGACGAGCGUCCCGUGGAGCUUGGGCGUGGGGGGAGGAGCCUGUGAGAGGUGCCGUUGUGUCGUGGAGAGUGAGGCGCGAUUGGGCGAUGAGAGAGCGGGUUCCCUGUACGAAUUGGAUGAAAUGCAUUGACUUUAGCCAGUAUGGGGGGUAGGCAGGAAUAGAUGGUAAUGAGUGGGGGUUGUGGAGUAUUGAAUGUGUGAUGCUGUUGAUGUUGUCCCCGGCGCCGUCGCGGCGCCGUCGUCCGUCGUCGAUGCUUGGCCUACACCAAUCGCUGAGGCGCCGCCGUCUUGCUCUCUGCCGCCUCCAGACGCACCGCCAAGCCCUUCUGCGCCUCGUACUCUGCCAAUCUAGCCGCCCGCUCACGCGCACGCUGCUCCUUGGUCUGCGCCUCGAGGAGCUGGGGCGGGGGCGAGAUGAUGCACGUAGCGCAGUCCUCGUCGACGACAGCGGCGGGUUGCUGGACCUGGGCGAGCUUCUUGGCGUUGACGCGCUCCUCGUCGCGCAGGACGCCGAGGUACAUGUUGUCCGACUCGCGCUUCUGCAGCCAGUGGACGCCGUAGACUGUUGCGCACAUGAACACCAUCGAGGUGCCGAAGAAUACUUUUGAUGCGCGGGACAUUGCUGCUGGCGGUGGGGGUUGAGUGAGAGAGAGUGUGUGUGUGUGAUGAUCAAGUCGAGGCGGGCCGUUGUCGUUGAGGAAAAAGUCGGGACUGCAAGUGCGGUCAGUUACCGACGAUGAUUAGGAUGGGC